AACGGAGUAGACCUCGUUUCGCCUUCUCGCCUCUGUAGAUCUCGCUUUGGCUUCUAACACUAGCUUUGGGGAAGGGAGAGGAGGAGAGCGAGGAGGACGGCGGCGGCGAUGGCGGAGCAAGUCUACGGUUCGGCGAAGCCCAACCACAACCCUCCCCAGGCCCUCAACGGCGGCGGCGGCGGCGGGGGGCAACCCUCCUUCCCGCCGACGAAGGGCCAGACAUACGUCGCAACCCUCCCGGCCUAUCGCCCCCAGCCACGGAAGCCGCCGCCUCCCCGCCGCAGGCGUCGGGGCUGCUGCUGCUCCUGCUGCCUCUGGAUCACCCUCAUCGUGGUCGCCCUCGUCUUUCUCGCCGCCAUCGCCGCCGGCGUCUUCUACCUCAUCUACCACCCCCGUCGCCCCACUUUCGAGGUCGGCGGCCUCCGCCUCGCCGCUUUCAACGUCUCCGCUACCGGGCACAUCACCUCCCGGCUCGACCUCAACGUCACCGCCCGCAACCCCAACAGCAAGAUAGCCUACCUCUACGACGCGGCCUCCGUCUCCGUCUUCUCCGGCGGGGUGGACAUCGGCGAUGGAUCCUUCCCGGCUUUCGUCCAGAAUGGGAAGAACACCACUCUGCUUGCCACCACGCUGUCGGCCGGGGCCCAGACGCUGGACUCGACGGCAGCGUCGGAUCUGAGGAAGAAGACCAGUCUGCCGCUGGAGAUCGAUGUGGACACCAAGGUCGGGGUAAAGAUCGGGGGACUAAAGACGAAGAGGAUGGGGAUCCACGUGCGAUGCGUGGGGAUCGACGUCGGCGUGCCCAAGGGUAAGGCAGCAGCACCGGUAGCCUCCCCCAACGCGGACUGCAAGGUCAAACUCCGCAUCAAGAUCUGGAAGUGGACCAUCUCCUAGUCCUAAAACCGUACCCAUCCCCAAAGACAGAAACCAUCAUCAUUACUACUGUGAUUAUUAUCAGGAAAUUGGAGUGGAGGAGACGAAAGUUAGAACAAUGUAAAAGUAAGGAAAUUUGGGUAAAUUUGAUGAUUGGAAGAAGUAUUGUUGAGUCGUGUUUUGUUGUAAUUGUACCUUUUAUUUUCUUUUUUUUUUACUCAUAAGUUUUGGAGUUUCAUAUUUUUUGCAUGUGGGAUUGCUUGGUGAGGCUUGACAAAUAGUGAAUGAUAAUAAUAAUUAGAAUGUGCUGGA